AUGCCGGCAUACAACUCCGUUUUCAACAAUGAUCCCAACAUCCCCCGCAUAAUCGGCAACUUCCCUCUCCUCCCUCUCCGUACCAAGACCAGAGGCCCUGCCUACACCCUCCCCAACCCCUCGCCGCCUCUGCCGGCCAACGAGUCUCCCGACCCCGACAGUGAGAGCUACGAUAUCCUCGACGAGGUCCUCGCCCUCUUCCGCGCCAACACAUUCUUCCGAAACUUUGAGAUUCAGGGCCCUGCCGACCGUCUGCUCGUGUAUGGAAUCUGGUUUGUCAGCGAUUGUCUGACAAAGAUCCGACCCCAGGCUUCUCUGCGUGAUGCCCAAAAGGAUGUUUUGAACUUGGCGCUUGACCUUAACUUUGCUAUUCCCGGAGACCCUGCAUGGCCUCUCAACCAGAUGUACGAGGCCCCUAGGGACAGACAAGAAGCGGAGCAGCUUAAGCAAUAUAUGUCGCAGGUUCGACAGGAGCUCGCGUCACGAUUACUCGCUAGGGUAUAUGAUGAGGACGAGACUAAGCCUAGCAAGUGGUGGUUGAGCUUUACCAAGAGAAAGUUCAUGGGUAAGUCUCUGUAG